AUGGCCGCCCCUUUCGCCCGCCUCGCGGGCAAUGCGCCCAAAAGGCUCUGCCUCCGCCCCUCCACCUUGAUCAACACAUCUGUGCCACGAUCCCGCUCGAUCGCGACCACUGUCCCUCGCCGACAUGCUGAGGCCACUAGCUACCAGGCUACGAGGCUCGUUCCGACCGACCCGACCUUCACUCACUUUGCCAACAAGGGGUCUCCCGAGGACCCCGAAGCUGCUGGUCUCGAGUCCACGGCCGAAGGCAUUGACCGCAAGAUCCGUCACUACACUGUCAACUUCGGCCCCCAGCAUCCUGCUGCUCACGGUGUGCUUCGGUUGAUUCUGGAACUCAAUGGCGAGGAGAUUGUUCGCGCCGAUCCCCACGUCGGUCUCCUUCACCGUGGUACCGAGAAGUUGAUCGAGUACAAGACUUAUAUGCAAGCCCUGCCUUACUUCGACCGAUUGGACUACGUCUCCAUGAUGACCAACGAGCAGUGCUUUUCCCUCGCCGUUGAGAAGCUACUGAACAUUGAAAUCCCCGAGCGUGCCAAGUGGAUCCGAACUCUGUUCGGCGAACUCACCCGUGUUCUGAACCACCUGAUGUCCGUGCUUUCGCACGCCAUGGAUGUUGGUGCUCUGACUCCUUUCCUGUGGGGGUUCGAGGAACGUGAGAAGCUGAUGGAAUUCUACGAGCGUGUUUCUGGUGCCCGUCUCCACGCUGCCUACGUUCGCCCCGGUGGUGUCUCUCAGGAUAUCCCUCUCGGUCUUCUGGAUGAUAUCUACCAGUGGGCCACGCAGUUCGGUGACCGUAUUGAUGAGACCGAGGAGCUGCUUACGGAUAACCGUAUCUGGAAGGCCAGAACCCAGGGUGUCGGUGUGGUCAACGCUGCUGAUGCUCUGAACAUGAGUUUCACAGGUGUCAUGCUCCGUGGCUCCGGUGUUCCGUGGGAUAUCCGCAAGUCCCAGCCUUAUGAUGCCUACGACCAGGUCGAGUUCGAUGUCCCCGUUGGUGUCAACGGUGACUGCUACGACCGUUACCUGUGCCGCAUGGAGGAGUUCCGCCAGUCCCUCCGCAUUAUCCAACAGUGCUUGAACAAGAUGCCCGCUGGCCCUGUCCGUGUCGAGGACUACAAGAUCAUGCCCCCUCCCCGUGCUGCCAUGAAGGAGAACAUGGAGGCUUUGAUCCAUCACUUCUUGCUUUUCACCAAGGGUUACUCUGUCCCCCCUGGUGAGACCUACUCGGCCAUUGAGGCUCCCAAGGGAGAGAUGGGUGUUUUCCUGGUCAGUGACGGCACCGAGCGCCCUUACCGCUGCAAGAUUCGUGCCCCCGGCUUUGCCCAUCUGGGUGGCUUUGACCAGGUGUCUCGUGGUCACCUGCUGGCUGAUGCCGUCGCUAUUAUCGGUACCAUGGAUCUGGUGUUUGGUGAGGUUGACCGGUAA